AUGAUAAAUCCUGGAGAAUUCAGCACAGGAGAUGAAGAUAUCCUUGAUCAGCGGAAUGGUCACACACUUCCAGGAACUUUUCAACUUGAAGAUGGAUGUAUCGAAACUUCCGAGGCUUCAGAGUCAAGAAUAAUACAGUCAGAAGCAAACCAUUUAAAGCGGAAUUUAAAACAAAGCUCACCAUUAGUGCCGCCUUUGAACUUUGCAUUGGUUGAAGAUAGAAUAUAUAGAUCUGGAUUUCCUAUUCCAACGAAUUAUCCCUUCUUGGAACAAUUAGGAUUGAAAACCAUCAUCUAUUUAGGUGACGAUGAUAAAGUCAAAGAUAAAUCCAAAGACAAGAAGAAGGACAAGGAUAAGGAAGAGAAAAAAGAGAAGAAGAAAGAAAAAGACAGUAAAGGCGAUAUAAUAUCGAAGUAUAAAGCAUGGGUGGAAACUACCGAUAUAAAAUUUCAUCAUUUGAUUUUUGAAUCAUCUCAAGAACCUUUCAUUAAUGAAGAAACCCAAGAUAAAGCCAAAGCCUCAUUGAAAAUUGCCUUAGAAUUGAUGCUUGAUAGGAAUAAUUUCCCCAUGUUGAUUCACUCGAAUAAAGGGAAACACAGAAUCGGAGUGUUGGUAGGUUUAAUGAGAAAAUUAUUCCAAGGAUGGUGUUUGAGUGGAAUCUUUGAAGAAUAUGAAAAAUUUGCAUUGGGUAAAUCUGAAUAUGAUUUAGAGAUUAUAGAAUUAUGGCAACCUGAAUUAACUUUCCGGAAGGAUAGUAAACCUGAGUUUUUAAGAACUUAA